AUGCAUCAAAGAAAGUAUGCUUUGGAACUUAUAGAUGAGGUUGGGAUGUCAGCAGCUAAGCCUGUAGGUACCCCUAUUAAUGUUAAUGUUAAACUAACCUCAAAACAUUAUGAUGAACAUGAGAAAAUACAUGGGGCUCUAGAAGAUCCUUUAGUAGAUCAGACAAUAUAUCAAAGGUUAAUUGGAAAACUGUUGUAUCUGAACAUGACAAGACCAGACUUGUCUUUCAGCACACAGAACCUGAGCCAGUUCUUACAACAACCAAAGAAAUCCCACAUGGAUGCAGCCUUAAGAAUAGUGAGAUAUCUGAAAAAACAGUCUGGACCGGGGUUAUUGUUUUCUAGAUCUUCUGAUGAAAUAGUCACUGCAUUUUGUGAUGCAAAUUGGGCAUCUUGUCCACUUACCAGAAGAUCAGUAAUAGGUUAUGUGGUUAAAAUAGGUAACUCCUUGGUGUCAUGGAAGCCAAAGAAGCAAACUAUAGUGUCCAAGAGCUCAGCUGAAGCUGAAUACAGAUGCCUUGCAUCCACUGUUUCAGAGUUAAUUUGA